CUAACAUAAAAAACAUUUGCAGGUAAUCCUCUGCCUUAUAAAAAAAUAAUUUAUCAGUUUAUAUUUCAAAUUUAGAUUUUGGUGGAUUGAAAGGGCGCUGAAUAUACUUUUUUAUGGAACAUUUACUGACGUUCUUAUUAUAAUAUGAGGAUAAUGUCAGUUUCCAGGAUAUCAUAUAAUUGUUUGGUACUUCUAUUAAUUGAUUUCGCUUUAUCUCUGGAGUGUAAAAAAUCCGAGAAAAACACUAUUAGGGAGACUGUCAAACACGAAUGCGAACGCACAUGCGAAUAUCCCCCCAAGCCUACAGUGUGUGAAUACCAGUUUACAGCCUCCUGGACCUACACUAUGUCAGCAUACUGUUUUGACUGUCCUUGGAUUCAAGAAGACUGUUUACGAGAUCGAUGCAUGUCAGUUGAUGGUACAUGUAGGCCCGUCGUAACGAUCAACAAGAUGUCCCCCGGUCCUAGCAUAGAAGUCUGUGAAGGGGACACAAUUCGUGUUAAAGUGAUUAACAAGUUACAGGACGACGGCGGAUUAUCAAUACACUGGCAUGGUAUGAACCAAAACAGGACAAAUAUCAUGGAUGGUGUCUCCAUGAUAACUCAGUGCCCUAUAGCUCGUGGGACAUCAUUCGUAUACAAAUUCAUAGCCGACCCACCAGGUACCCAUUGGUGGCACUCCCAUUCAGGUAUACAAAGAGGUGACGGAAUGUACGGAUCAUUAAUUGUCAGGGCGCCUAAAGAAACCGAAGUCAACGGUGGCGAAUACGACUUCGAUCUCUCGGAACAUGUGAUGAUAGUAAAUGAUUGGACAAGUAAUAUGAUAAUGGAAAAUUUUGCUUUAGGAGUGGAUCAUACCAGAACACCAAAUUCACACACUCUUUCUUUACUGGUAAACGGAAUGGGAAGGAACGUUGAAUUUACUGACGCAAAUGAUACUGUAUAUUAUACACCUCGGGCGGAAUUUGAAGUGGAGAAAGGAAAGCGAUAUCGAAUGCGCAUGAUCAAUACAGCAUUUGGCGAAUGUAAUCUGCAUGUUGCUUUUCAAUCUCACAAAUUAAAUAUUAUUGGUUCUGACGGACAUGAAUUUAAGACGGUAAAACAAGUAGAUUCGUUUGUGAUUAGUCCAGGUGAAAGGUUGGAUUUCGUUUUAACCGCCAAUGCAAUGCCUUCAACGUAUUGCAUAUCUCUCCUUGGAUAUCCAGAAAGCGAAUGUAACAGUAGUGGAGAAGCGAUAUUGAGAUACAAACAAGCACCAAAUAUUGAAACUCAAUGCACAUAUGAUAAUAAAUCGCUAAAUCGUACCUUCUCAACACUGAAAGACAGUCAUGUCGAAAGAGUCUUAGAUGGAAUUCAAUACGUUUCCUUAAGUGAUACCUUUGCACUAGAGCCUGUCCCUUCAGAACUAUAUAACGUGGAUGAAAAAUACUACAUAGUAAUUGACGAGUAUGCGCAAAAACUACACAAACAGCCACAUGAUGAAACCGGAAUAGUAGCAUUAGUACUUCAGAUGGAUGGUGCUGAAUUUAAAUUUCCCGAAACGCCUUUAUUGACUGCAAAAGCAAGUUUUAUUGAAACGUGUCAUCCAACUCAAAAUAGGUCAGCAUACGAAAGUUGUAUUUCACAACUUUGUCAAUGCACCAACGUCUUGAAGGUUCAGCUUGGACAGGUGAUUGAGUUAGUACUUCUGAAUAAUGUCAAUUUAGUACCUCAUCCUAUGCACCUACAUGGACAAUCAUUCCGUGUUCUAGCUCAGGAGUCUAUAGGAGCUAUCUCUAUCCAGAAACUCGAGAGACUUGAUGACCAAGGUAAAUGUGAUGGAGAACUCAAACGAAUUGAUCUGGAUAAAGCCGUUGUGAAAGACACGGUAAAUGUGCCUCAAUACGGUUAUGCAAUUAUCAGAUGGAAAGCUGAAAAUCCAGGAUACUGGUUCUUCCAUUGUCACGUUAAUUAUCACUCAGAGUUCGGCAUGACAAUGGUUAUUCAAAUUGGUGAUGAUGAAGAGAUUCCAAGACCACCAGACAACUAUCCCACAUGCGGAUCCUGGUCACCUGAUUAACCAAUCAGCAUACGGCUCAUGGCUAUGUCUUAAGUUGAC